AUGUCUGCAUACCAACAGGCACCAACAUCAGCACCUCAAGGACCCGGAUCAAUGCUAGGAGGACCUGUUCUACCUGCCAUCUCCGAACUUCACCGCCACGCUGAACCCGCACCGCUCCCACACUUUCGCCCGCUUUACUCCGGCCCACAUGGACCUUCCCCACCCCGUCACCCGCAAAAUACUAAUGGCUCCCCCCCUUCAACACUCAAGCGACAGGCAUCUCAAACCCCGCUCCCCGACGAAAGUCCGGCCAAGAAACAGUCCAAAUGGACACCAGAGGAGGACAAUCUGACCAUCGAGCUGCGGGGUCAGGGAAUGAAGUGGGACGACAUUGCGAAACGACUACCCGGAAGAAGCUCCAUUUCCUGCCGACUACGAUACCAGAACUACCUCGAGAAGCGAGCUAUUUGGGACGAGGAGAAGAAAAACAAGCUCGCAAGACUCUACGCUCGAUUCAAGGACCAAAUGUGGCAGAAGGUCGCUACCGAGAUGGGCAUUCCCUGGCGGUCCGCCGAAUCGAUGCACUGGCAGCUGGGGGAGCAGGAGAUGAGCGCGCGUGCGAAUGCGCCGGUGUUUCAGCUCCACCCAUCUGCAACCGGCACAGGCAUGAGCUCGCCAUCGCAAGUGCCCGUUAUACCAGCCUCUGCCCCGCAUGGCUUCACGCCUGCCAACGCCCCUCAACUGAUGCCAAACCCGCCGCCGAUGCCGCCGCAGCUGCAUCAGGUGCCCCCGCCCAUGCCCCAAGGUCCGAUGCACGGCUACCACCAGCGGACCGACAGCGGUUCCAGCGCAGGCGGACGCAGGAGGAGGAACAGCUCAUUCAGUCGCAGGCGCGCAGACCCUCGCAACCGUUCCAGCGUGCCCCCUCAACUAGGCCAACCUCUUCCCCAGAUUCAACCCCAGUCGGAAGAAGACCUGAUCAGCGGAGCCAGGACAGCACCUGUACCCGGCAUGCAGUCGAUUAUCAAGCAAGAGGGCAGCAUCCCCAGCUACAUGGAGGCGUACCAUCAGAGGAGAAGGGAAGAAGAGGCUGCAGGCCCGUCACGAGCAGAGCACCACACACGGAGUGAGGGCAUGAGGAGUCCCGACCGCAUGUCGCAGCGCAGCGGAACCGGCAGCAUCAAGAGCAUGAAGCGCGAGGAAAGCGACCGGCCAUCCCCACCCCAACCGUCGACACCUUACGAGCGACCCGCAUCGGCAGUCGCAUAG